AAAAGCCACAUAGGUGGCCCAACACAGUUCACCCCAGGUUAUCCAGUACGCUAUCCGAUUUCCCAAACCCGGCCAUUGCCACCGCUAGUCAGUUCACACCACCAGAGGAGCAUACAAGCCGAUAUAUCCGACCUCUCUCUCUCCCGUCUAGCCCGCUCCAUCUCCAGAUCCAUGGCUAUCCAAACCGCCCUUUUCAAAACCACUCCCUCCCUUCAAAACCGCCAAAUACCCUCGCCCUUUCCCACCAAAACCGCCCUUUUCCCUCUUUACCGCGUUCGUAAAACCGCCUUUGGUCCAUGCUCUUUCCAUCUUUCCAGGAAGAAGGGUUUUGGAAACCGUGGUUUACUCUCAGUAUCGGCGGUUUUAGAAGCCGAGCAGAAGGAGAGUUCGAAUCCUUCUUCUUCUUCUUCUUCUUCCAGCAAAGUCAGAAUCGUUGGAUUAGUCGGAGAAGGAAGCGUCAGUCCUCUACAAUGCGCACCAUGGGAGCAGGUUAUGCUUCACACGGCAAGCAGAUUGAAAUGGGUGGAUGAGGGGUAUGAAAUGCUUGUAGUUACUGAUAAGAUCCUCCAGUUCAAUGAUCCAAGUGUGGAAACUCUCAGGAGAGAACUGGCCCGUGCAGAUCUCUUGGUGAUUGUUGCAGUUAGAAAUCAGGGAUCAAUCGAUUGGGUUCAGAGAAACAGUGGAAACAUCCCAAACAUUUUCUGUUUUGAUUCAUCACCAUCUCUAAGAAGCAAACUAGGAGGAGCAUUUGUUGAUACUGAAGUAGAAGGAAACAUAUUUAGCAAAAUAGUUCGUGUCGUGCAAGGAAAGAACACAAAUGAAUCCAAAGAGGUAGUUAAAACAGUAUCGGAGGCAUGGGAACGCCACAACUCCGAUGAUAUAAGGUUCUGUAUACUGGUGAUCAUCAAUUCAUAUAUAAAGCCCGUCCCAAUAUUGAAAAAUCUGAGAUCAAAAGGACUCUCUACUCUCAACUGUAUGGUGACAAACUGUGGGCCCGAGAUCCUAAACUGCCUAUUGGAUCCAAACUGUAGGAAAGCUCUGCAGUGUCUAAACAGCUGUGCUCCAACAGACCAGGUCUGUAGCUACCGCUGUAUUGCCUCUUAUGAGAGUCCGAAUUUAGAAGCCUUCUCUCUUUGUGUACUGCAGAAGAAUAACUGUCUUGCCUUGGAUGCUAAGAUUCCUGCAAAGCCUUACGUACCUCCAAUGCGUAUGUUCAGAGGAGAGGAUUUGAGCCAUGAAAUCGCGGAAGAUCUCUUCGUUGGUUGGUUGGAUAGUUUGGAAUGGAGUUGGCGGGUCGUUGCAGGCCAAAACCCUGCUUAUGACCAGUUCCCUUGCCAGUACCAGCUGUUCUAUAGAGGAAAGGCAAGAGGGUCAUUUUGGUAUGAGCCGGUUUUUCGGGUCAGGACUCUUGAGGGGAAGAUGGUAUGGAGGCGGCGGCGAUAUCGGGUACGGAGAGACAAAAUCCCGGGCACCUUCAACUUCAGCGUCCUGGACAAUGGUGUGGUGUCAAAGGAGUUUUGGACAAUUGUAGAUGUUUGCGAUGAUCUCAGCUGGGGUUUGUUUCAUUACAGUGGGGCAGCUCAGGCAGCUGGGCAGUCUUAUACCGGGGCAGUGCUUGUUAGCCCAAACGGGGAUUACCCGCCUCAUUCAGGAGAUCAGAGGUUGGCUUCUGCUUUGGAAAAAUGUGGCAUCAAAGAGUGGGAGCUUUACACAGUUGAUAAUCGCUCAUGUGCUGGGCCGCCUUUGGGAAUUCCUGAAGGGUCAAGUUUGCAUUUUAAGAUCAAAGUGCAAGGACCUGACAAACCAUGAACUGAUUUUUGCGAAUGGAACUGCGAGCUGUUGUGAGAAUCUCAUACUUGUGAGAGCUGAAAUGCUUGGAGAUCAUGUUGGAAGAAUCUGCUGAUCGAAGGAUCUAUAUGAGAUGUUGGUAUUCUUAUAUGUAAUGUGGAUCUCAUUCUUGCUCUCAAGAAAACCUGAAUUUCUUUUCAGCGUGAAGUCAUGUUUUGGUAUGAGAUCCUUGAGUUGCCUUCAGCUAGAAAAGCUCUGCGAACUGCACCAGUUACCUUCAGAUUGUGUAUUGUUGGUUAAACACAGCAAUAUCUGUCCGUUCAUUCAAAAUCCAUGGCGGUUCGUGUCAUACUCUUUAUGUCAAAAGGGUGGGCAUUUGCAUGCAAGAAGAGUAACUAAUCCAACAAGACAGUAUAUGUGGCGAUUCAGCUUGGAAUUGGUAUUUCACUGCCAUCUAUGUGAAACCCGUGAUCACAAGAGAUUUUGAUCAAGCUUCAAUGUUCAGGUGUGCUUCAAAACUUUUGGUAAUUCGCAUCCAUUCGUCAAAUGCAGAUGUAAUAUAUAAAUUUCUUGGAUAAAUAUCAUGUCAUGCACUUA